AUGGCUAAUUUCCCUGUAAAUACUUUCCCUCUCCUCCUUUUACUUCUUUGUUUUACAUCCCUUUUUCCCUUCAUUCAUUCACUUUCCACUAUUGCAAUCUCUGAAAUUGGUCAUCAAACUUUAGUUUGUGCACUAAAUGAUGAAUCAAGAAUUGAAUGUAAAGGUUUUCCUCAAGGAAUUUCAAUUCCAUUGGAGCCUGAUUUUAAAUCAGUUUCUGGGAUUUCGGGUGGAAAUGGAUUCCUCUGUGCAUUGAAUUCAUUUUACUCUUCAUCAGUCUCAAUCAUGGGUUGUUGGAGAUUUUCAAAUAUAUACACCAACAUUACCUACAACUAUAAGAGGCUUUAUAAAGGUCCUCUGCUGAGAGAACUCGACGCCGGGAAUUCCCGUAUAUGUGGUGUAAGCAAUGGAUCCAACCAUUUUCAGUGCUGGCCGUACCGGUCGGAUUUCAAUUACACUGCCGACAAUUUCGCCUCAAGAAUUACUGUGGGAGAGAAUUUUGUCUGUGGGUUGUUGGAUUUAGGAGAAAUCCAUUGUUCAGGAAAUGAUGCUAAUGUUAUUGAUCAUGAACCUAAAGGAAACUUUUCUUUGAUUGAGGCUGGUUUACACCAUGUUUGUGCCAUUUCUUUUAAUGGGAGUUUGGAGUGUUGGGGAAAAAUGGUAGGUGAAAAACCUGGUGGCGAGUUCAAAGCACUAGCAUCCGGGGAGAGUCGGAACUGUGCAUUGAGGCGUAAUGGAACCGUGGUUUGUUGGGGUGAAAAUGGAUUCAAUUUGCCUGCUUCAUUGAAGGAGAUGGAUUUUAUUGCUUUGGAAGCAAAAAUUAAUGUUUUUUGUGGUGUUCGGAAUUCAGAUUAUUCCUUGCUUUGCUGGGGUAAUGAGAAUUUCCAUUCGAAUCCUGUGGUUUUCAAAGACGUGGUUCCGGGUUCUUGCAUAGCUCGAAAUGAGUGUCCUUGUAAUCCUUUACCUGGUUAUGGCAAGUACUGCAGUGAAGGACUAGUCAUAUGUGAACCUUGUGUGCCGCCAUCUCCGCCCCCAUCGCUAGUGGCACCACCGCCACAGAGUUCCUCGAGCAGUGGACAAUGGAAUAGUAAAAUGGUGGCCUUUUUGGUUGUGGGUUGCGUUGGAUCAUUCUCGUUGUUUUUAAGCUUGUGUAUAUUGUUCUUCAGAUAUUGCAAGAUUACAGGCAGUCGAAUUCAUGAUUCAGGACGCCUAGAGGAGGGCGGUUCGUCUCAACAGAACAGCCAAACUGCUCAAGCUCGACCAUCUCCACCGGUCUUGGAGAAGCGGCUCAGUCAUUUAAUCAGUGCAGGGAACGGAGGUCACUUGGAGGAAUUUUCCUUGCAAGAGUUACUUAAAGCAACUAAUAGUUUCUCUGAGGAGAACAAAAUUGGAACAGGAAGCUUUGGAUCCGUCUACCGUGGUACACUGGACGAUGGGCGCGAAGUGGCUGUCAAGAGAGCCGAAGCCUCGUGCUCUUCAUCAUAUGGAGGCUUUGCCAAACAUAGCCAAGACGACAAGGGCAAUGCAUUCUUGAAUGAGCUCGAGUUUUUAUCACGUCUUAAUCACAAGAAUCUUGUUAGGCUAUUGGGAUAUUGUGAAGAUAGCAACGAGCUCGUAUUAAUCUAUGAGUACAUGAACAAUGGAACCCUCCAUGAUCAUCUCCACAAGCUUCAAACUUCUCCAUUCAUGUCAUGGUCAACAAGAAUUAAGGUAGCACUUGAUGCAGCAAGAGGAGUCGAGUACCUCCAUGAGUAUGCUGUGCCACCAAUUAUUCACAGGGACAUCAAGUCAUCAAACAUACUACUCGACACCACGUGGACUGCCAAGGUGUCCGAUUUUGGGCUAUCGUUGAUGGGUCCACAAGAUGACCAGUCCCACCUGUCAUUACGUGCUGCAGGCACGGUUGGGUACAUGGAUCCCGAGUACUACAGGUUGCAACAAUUAACGACUAAGAGUGACGUUUAUAGUUUCGGGGUUGUAUUGCUUGAAUUGCUAUCAGGGAACAAGGCAAUUCACAAGAAUGAAAAUGGGGUGCCAAGAAAUGUGGUGGAUUGUGUAGUUCCAUACAUAAUUCAAGAUGAAAUUCAUAGGGUUUUGGAUGGGAGGGUGCCCCCUCCUACACCAUUUGAGAUUGAAGCAGUGGCAUAUGUAGGGUACCUUGCUGCAGAUUGUGUCAUGCUAGAAGGACAAGAUCGGCCAUCAAUGAGUGAAGUUGUAAAUAGCUUAGAUAGAGCCCUAGAGGCAUGCUUGGCACCCCCCGUGUUAUCUCGAUCCUCCACCGACUCCUCGACGUAA